AUGGGUGAACAUCUGAAAUUGAUAACCCUUUUGGGCUUAAUUGUUGCUAUUUCGAUCGGUUCAAUUGAAUCGGCAAAUAUUCUUGGUGUCUUCACAGCAACCAGUCCAUCGCACAAUAUUAUUCACAUGGCAUAUGUGAAUGCAUUAAUUGAACGUGGACACAAUGUAACAGUAGUAACAGCACUUCCUCUUAAAGACGAAAAUCCAAAAUAUCAUCACAUCUUAAUACCUCCAACUGAGGCUAGUACAAAACGAAUGGAUGAAAUGAAAGCUAACGCAAUAAAGAAAGUAACUAUUAAGGAUAGGAUGGAUAGGAUUGAAAGUAUUUUAGUAUUUGGUUCAAUGAUGGCUGAUCCACUGAAAGAUCAACGAUUUCAAGAAAUUAUGCAAAAUCCGGAUAACAAAUUCGACCUGGUCCUAGUUGGUUUAUUCUUAUUCAAUCCCUUCUAUGUUGGAUUAGCAGCCCAUUUUAGAUGUCCAAUGGCGAUAAGUUAUACCACAGCGCCAAAUAAUAUUUUGCCAAAUUUUAUUGAAAAUCCAACGGAAGUGUCAUAUGUGCCAGUAUCGCCGUUGUACGGAAUGUCCGAUUUAACGACUUUCAAAGGGAGACUUUUUAAUUUUAUGAAGAAUAUUCAAUUUAGCGUAUUUACAACGCUGCUGAACUAUCAAAUGGAAGGAAUUUACAAUGAAAUCUUCCCUGCUUCGGAUUAUCCGGCGUUUGAAGAAGCCAAAAAGAAAGUUUCGUUGGUUUUGUUUAACUAUCAUUUUACUGAUGGUUUGAUUCGGCCGAAUGUACCAGCUGCUAUUGAAUGUGGUGGAAUUCAAAUUAAGGACAAAGCCGAUCCUUUACCAGUAAAUCUUGAAAAACUCUUCAAUUCCUCUUCGGAGCAUGAACUCCCUGGCACAGCACCAAAUAUUCAUUAUUACCGUUGGCUUCCACAAGAUGACCUUUUGCAACAUCCCAAUUUGAGACUUUUCAUCACUCAUGCUGGCAAAGGUGCUGUUACUGAAGCAGAACAUCAUGGAGUUUCAAUGGUUGCUGUACCAAUGUUUGCCGAUCAAAUUGGAAAUGCUGAUCAAGUUGUGAAAAAUGAAUUUGGACUUAAACUCGACAAGGCUACCAUGACAGAGAGCUCAUUUAAGGAAGCAGUAUUAGAAGUUUUGAACAAUCCAAAAUACACUGAAAAUAUUAAACGCUUUUCGAGUCUUACGAAAGACAGGCCAAUGACUGCUAAGCAAAAUGCAGUCUUUUGGAUUGAAUAUGUGAUUCGACAUAAGGGUGCUUAUCAUAUGCAAAGUCCUGCGGUGCAUUUGAAUACGCUUCAAAUUUACAGUUUAGAUGUUAUUGGUUUUCUUUUAAUGGUGGGAUUUUUAGUCUACAAGUUGAUUACGAUGCAAGUAAAAUUCAUCCUUAGGAAAGUUUGCGCAAUGAAACUUUCAAAAACACAAAAAAUCAAAGACCAAUAA